UAUCCUUCUUCUCCGUUGUAUUCUCUCCCGCCAAAAACCAGAGAGCGAAUUUCAGGGCUGAUUCGCAGAGUGAGUCACUGAGUCACCACCGAUUUGAGAUGUACGGAACUCACAGAGAGAGCAUGAACUCGAACUCCAAGUAUCGAUCGAAGGAGAAUAUCGACAUUGCGAAAAUCUUGGCCACAUACUUUCCCGAUAUCGACUUGUCUGCCAAUGAAUCGAAGGUCAAGUUCAAUCUCGCAUCGAAGCUCGUUGCCUUCUUCUCUACUCCACCAGGACUCGAUCUAGUUUCUCAGGUAAAAGAUGAUGAUGACAUAUAUUUUCUGUCACUAGACUUCCAACAGUUUCGAAAAAUAUGUGAACUUGAGGACUUUUAUGCAGCUUUGGAGGAAAAUCCCAAGGAAGCUUUGUCAUGCAUGAGUGCUGCAGUUCACAAGGUUCUGUCUACUAAAUGUGGGAAUAACAUGUUGGAGGACGGUGCAAAGAUAAACAUCCGUCUGCACAACUACCCUGAAUCAAUUAUUGCUCUGAAAAACUUAAAAACAGCUUAUAUUGACAGGCUUGUAUCCGUGCGUGGUACCGUUGUAAAAGUUAGCACUGUGAGGCCUCUUGUGGUACAAAUGAGUUUUUAUUGCAGCAAGUGUAGAGCUGACAUUACAUGCAACUUUCCUGAUGGAAAAUUUUCACCACCACUAACUUGCGGUAUGCAUGGCUGCAAGAGCAGAACUUUUAAUCCAGUUAGAUCUACUGCUCGACUCAUAGACUUUCAGAAAAUAAGACUUCAGGAGCUGCUGAAGUCUGAACAUCAUGAAGAAGGCCGGGUGCCUCGAACUGUAGAAUGUGAACUGACUGAAGAUCUUGUAGAUGCAUGUAUCCCUGGAGAUGUGGUUACAGUUACUGGCAUCAUAAGAGUGAUAAACAAUUACAUGGAUAUUGGAGGAGGAAAAUCGAAAAGCAAGAAUCAAGGAUUAUACUAUUUGUACUUGGAAGUAGUUUCAAUUAAAAAUUCCAAGUCGCAAUCUGUGUCUGAGGAUUCGAAAGAUACAAAUGCUGAUGCUAAAGCUACAGAGAUGUUUGAUUUAUUUACAUUUUCUCCAAAAGAUUUGGAAUUUAUUGUAAAGUUCUCGGAGGAACAUGGUUCAGAUGUUUUCCGUCAAAUACUUCAAUCUAUUUGCCCCUCCAUCUAUGGACAUGAGCUCGUUAAAGCUGGACUUACAUUGGCACUGUUUGGAGGGGUGCGAAAGCAUUCAAUGGAUCAGAACAAAGUCCCUGUCAGAGGAGACAUUCAUGUCAUAAUUGUUGGUGAUCCUGGAUUGGGAAAGAGCCAACUACUGCAAGCAUCAGCUUCAAUUUCUCCACGUGGCAUUUAUGUGUGUGGCAAUGCCACUACAAAUGCUGGUCUCACUGUUGCAGUGGUGAAGGAUGCAAUGACAAGUGACUAUGCUUUUGAGGCUGGUGCCAUGGUACUUGCUGACCGUGGACUAUGCUGUAUUGAUGAGUUUGAUAAAAUGUCUGCAGAACACCAGGCUCUUCUGGAAGCUAUGGAGCAACAGUGUGUCUCUGUUGCAAAGGCUGGAUUGGUGGCAAGUUUAUCAGCUCGAACUUCUGUCUUAGCCGCAGCAAACCCCGUUGGCGGUCAUUAUAACCGAGCAAAAACUGUCAAUGAAAAUUUGAAAAUGAGUGCUGCUCUACUCUCACGAUUUGAUUUGGUUUUCAUAUUACUCGAUAAACCUGAUGAGUUAUUGGAUAAACGGGUCUCCGAGCACAUUAUGUCCCUUCAUGCUGGACCUGGAGAACAUUCUCCAGCUGCAAAAAAGCUAUGUACAGCUUCACUGAAUGCUCGAGACAUACGGACACAAAGUGGUUCUUUAGUUUCAAGAUUGAGACUUGACCCUAAGAAAGAUGCUGAUUUUGCUCCAUUGCCCAGUCAGCUUCUUCGGAAAUAUAUUGCUUAUGCAAGAACUUUUGUCUUUCCCAGGAUGUCAAGGCCAGCAGCCGAUAUCCUACAGAAGUUUUACUUACGAUUGAGAGACCAUAGCACAUCUGCUGAUGGUACACCAAUAACAGCAAGGCAACUAGAAAGUCUGGUAAGGCUGGCAGAAGCUCGAGCUAGGCUGGACUUAAGAGAAGAAAUAACUGCCCAAGAUGCUUUGGAUGUUGUUGAAAUAAUGAAAGAAUCCUUGUACGAUAAGUAUGUCGACGAACAUGGUUUUGUGGAUUUUGGUCGCAGUGGAGGAAUGAGUCAACAAAAGGAAGCAAAACGAUUUCUAAGUGCCCUGAAUAAGCAAUCAGAGUUGCAGCAAAAAGAUUGCUUUUCAAUUUCUGAAAUAUACAGUUUGGCAGAUAGGAUUGGCUUAAGAGUUCCAGAUAUUGAUACAUUUGUGGAUAAUUUAAACAGCGUUGGUUAUCUACUGAAGAAGGGGCCAAAGACUUACCAGGUGCUAUCAUCAUCUUAUUCACGGAGUUUGUCGUCAAGGUAGAGGGGCUAAGUUUUGCAGCACUGGAGAGCAGGUCAAAUAUUGUUUAUAUUGCUUCUCUAUUUCCUUUAAUUUGGUUACAAUACUUCAUAUGUAAUAUGAUUGGCUUCUGGCACUACUACACUGAUUGUUGCCUUGAAGUUUCCAAAUGUUACUUUGACUGUAAAAUGUGCGAUGUGUUAUUGACAUAUAAUGCACAUUGGAUUUAACCA